UAAAGCAAUCAAAGCUCCAAAUGGUAAUCUAAGUAUUCUACCUCAUUUUUUUUGCUUAGAAUAAAUUCUUUUUUUCUUUCACAGUGCCAUCUUGAAAUUCUGUCAUAUCCUGUGUGUAAACAGGUGGUGAUUUCAGACACAUGGCCAAUGAAAAGACACCAGAAGAAGCUACAGCACCAACAGGAGUAACAGCAAUAGCACCAGCAGCAUUAGCAGUAGCAGAAGGAGGAAGAGGAGGAAGAGGAGGAGGAGGAGGAGUAGGCAGAGCAGGAGGAGGAGGCAGAGCAGGAGGAGGAGGAGAAAAAUCUGGAGGAGAAGGAAUAGGAGAAGUGGAAUAGGAGGAGAAGAAGGAGGAGGAGAAGGAGGAGGAGGGGUAGGAGGAGGAGGAAGAGGAGGAGGACUUUGCUUCCCUGUCCUGGGAUAAUUGCUGAAUGACUUCUUUUGGAGACAGAUACUAUGCUGAGCAAUGUUUAUGAAACAAAUUAUCAGAAUAUUAACCAUUCAUAGAAGACAUGUCAAUAUUCCUGAAGAGGAUCACCCCUGGAAGACAGAGUUAGAUGGCAGUGCAAGCUGUGCGGAAAGUCCUUAAUGAGGACGACUUUCUCAAAGCUGAUGAUGUAAUAGUUCUGAAGGAGCAUUUUGUGGGAGUCAGGGUCCCAUCUACCUCUGUCUGGGCACACAGAGCUCCUGGCCUUGCAUCCUGCCUGAGAGGUGACCUGGAUUAUUGGCUUCCCUGGUCCACACAGGGUCCUGGAUUGCUUGGUUGCCCCUCAUUCCUGGUCUACCCUGUGCCCCAUGGUGUUUGCAGCUUCUAUGGGCUGAAUUUAAUCAGUGAUUCACUGGAGCUGGAUCUGAACCCAAACCACAGGGAAGCCCUGGGCACUGAGGACAAUAAGAGCAACAGACAACCUCUCCUCCACUGCUUCUCUCUCUUCUCCACAAGGCAAGGCAGCUCUCACACAGGAGGCAUCCAGCCUAACUCCCAGCAGGGAGAGUGUGAGAUGUCUGUGGAUGAGCCCACAUUACAGUACGAUUCUGUGGGAAGACAUCUGGUAGCUUCUGGUGCAGCUGCAGCAGUCAGGACACAUGAACUACAGUGGAGGUUGAAGAGGCAGAGAACAACCGCAGAGGUGCCCAGUAUGUCCUCAGCCUGGACAACAAGUGUCUGCUCAAUCAUACAGACAGCUCAGGACUCUCUCACCCAGCGAAACCUGAGACUGCACACUGGUGGACCAGCUGGUUCCUCAAGAGGUUAGCUCUCUCAAUGGCAUGAAGUUCAGGUGCUACCUCUUCCUAUACUGGCCUGGUGAAGACAGAACCCUGGAGGACAUUGUGGUCUGGGCAAGAGAUAUCCAGCAGCCCUUUCUGUGCCAGCCAGCCUUGAAGGUUGCUUGAGAUCAUUCCAGCAUGACCAGUCUCCAGCCUUUUCCAAGCAAGUCAGUUGUUGGCCCUUACCACUUCUGCCCACCACAUCAGUCGCCUUUCCCUGCCCACUUGUAGGAGAUGGGACUAGCUCUGACUUAAUCAUAGGGCUUUGGAUGGGCUCUAUUUUUCCUGUUUCUGGUUGUAAGCUACUAGGAUUCUCAGGAGCGUAAGUGUAUGAGAGAAACAAGUGUCUUGUUAGCCCUGAA